AUGUCGUCGUUUACACUAUCGAAACGCCCCAUGCGAUCGAGGAUGAAUUCCGCGAUAUGCCGGCGAACUUCGGCAACGAGCUGCCGCCGGACGGGCUGCGCGGACUGCUCGCGGCCGCCGUGCCGCCGGAUGGCUGUACCGCGCUCGCUCCGCCCCCCCGCCACCGACAACUUCACCGGCAAGUGGAUAGUGCUGAUCGCCAGGUACAACUGUAGUUUCGAGACGAAGAUCCGCAACGCGCAGUCGGCUGGCUACGACUGCGCAAUCGUCCACAAUGUCAACUCCAGCGACCUUGAGACGAUGUCAGCGAAUAACUCCGAAGGCAUAAAGAUACCGUCGGUGUUCGUGGGCGACCUCGCCGGACUCAUAUUGUUCGAAGAAUACCUCUACACUUCUAACCGAUACUAUAUAAUGGUGAACGGCGACCUGCCAUACAACAUCAACAGUCUGCUGGUGCCCUUCGCGGUCGUGGUCGUGUUGUGCCUAGUUGUAAUUCUCAUAUUUAUGAUAGUAAAGUGCAUAAAGGACAGGAGACGAGCGAGACGGCACAGACUUCCGAAUCGGGCGCUCAAGAAAAUACCCACGUGUAAAUUUAGUAAGGGCGACCCUUAUGACACUUGUGCCAUUUGCCUCGACGACUACCAGGAAGGCGAAAGGCUGAGGGUGUUGCCAUGUGCUCACGCGUAUCACGCGAAGUGCAUAGACCCGUGGCUGACGAAAAACAGGCGCGUGUGCCCCGUGUGCAAGCGUCGCGUGCUGACGGCCGGCGAGCGCCGCGUGCACUCCGACAGCGACAGCGACGCGAGCGAGCCGCUGCUAGCUUCGCCUCGCGCCCCGUCUGCUCCCCACACACAGGGCGGCACAUUCGAAGAGCAAAGAGAAAAUCCAUUCGUUCGUGCGGCACGAUUUAUGGCGCGAUUGCGUGGUCGCAACCCGCCGAUAAGUGAAGACGCGGAGGGUGCCCAGCCCUCGGAAGAAACUGAACAGACUAACAAUGACGAGAAUGUUGGGGAGGUGGACACGCAGCCGCUGCUGGCGGCGCAGCGCUCACGACGGUCGCGGCGGGCGCGCCGUCCGCGCGCCCCGCAGCCCCCGCACGCACCGCGUCCCAAUGACGCCUCUAUCAACAGCGACGCGCGCGGCGAGAUCGGUGUAGCGGCCCUUCCAGCGUCCCCCACCAACACAGAACCUCCACACGUGGUCUUAUGA